GCUCGCUGCUGGGGAGGGCCCGUUUAACUUUCGAUUUCGGUUUGAUUCAGGAAAACAUGGAGUCUGUCUGGUGUUCGUAGAGGUGGUUUUUGGUAAGCCGUAAACAGUUUGGUAGCAUUAGAGCAAGGGAACAACUCAAAAGCGGGACUGCUCGACGGAUCGUCUCGGUUGAGGAUCUGGUGCCGCCGGAGUUGUCGUUACCGGGGUCUCUGCAGUGCAUCGGCAUGUCGGGAGAGACGGGGCCAGAGUGGAUGUCUGAGGAGGUGAAAACCGGAACAACCAUCAUUGCCAUAGAGUACAAUGGAGGGGUCGUGCUGGGGUCUGAUUCCCGAGUGUCUGCGGGAGCCUCCGUGGUCAACAGGGUGAUGAACAAGCUCUCUGCCCUCCACGACAAGGUCUACUGUGCUCUGUCGGGAUCUGCAGCGGACGCUCAGACCAUCGCCGAGAUCGUCAGCUACCAGCUCGAUGUCCACAGUAUUGAGAUAGGCGAGGACCCCCAGGUGCGCUCGGCCGCCACUCUGGUGCGGAACAUCUCGUACAAGUACAAGGAGGAGCUGUCUGCGCAUCUCAUCGUGGCCGGCUGGGACAGGAGACACGGGGGCCAGGUGUUUGCAACCCUGAACGGCCUCCUGACAAGGCAGCCUUUUGCAGUCGGGGGCUCCGGCAGCUCGUAUGUUUAUGGCUUUGUCGAUGCUGAGUAUCGCAAGGGCAUGAGCAAAGAGGAGUGCCAGCAGUUCGUUGUCAACACUCUCUCUUUGGCAAUGAACCGCGAUGGCUCCAGUGGCGGCGUGGCCCAUGUCGUCACCAUCGACGGGCACAGCACAGAGGAGAAGGUCAUUCUAGCUCACGACCUACCCACCUUCUUUGAUCAGUGACCAGCGUGCGCUGUAGCGUGUUCAUCCUAAGUGUGCCAAGCCUGUUUUCUUCACGAGGCCCACGGCUCAUUUUUCGACUCACCCGUCAACCCUGUCGACUAACGCAGCUCGUAAACCGAACCAUAUUGUACAAGUGUGCUUUUACUAAUGAUAUUAAUAAAAGGACAAAAGAACCUGCAUCCCUCUCUAACUCCCACAGAUAUUUCAAGUGAUAUCAGGUAACUUUUGUGUUAGCGUAAUUCAAAGCUUGCUCGCACACACGGAUAAUCAAGUUGGUGGCUCCUCAUCGAAAGACUUUGAAGCGUAACAUAAAAGAAGCUUACAACAG